CGUUUCUCAUAGCUCCUCAACAGAGCUUCAUAUCAGUCAGCCUCUGUCUCUGGCUGUUGUCACUGUCUAUCCUUCACUUCCCAAUCAAGUUUAUCCAUACUCCACUGGUCAAUUGGACAAUGACAACCAUGGUUGCUUCUCUCCAUGUUGAUCUCUGGCACCAACGUAGCCAACCCGCUUACCAUAUGAACAACAUGAACCUUUCUGGUCUCAUGCCUCCUUUCGAAACACCACGCCCUGUCACAGAUGCAUCAACAUCAAGACCCUACCAGCAGACAACGUCAAGCGUAGAGAUGAGCAUGCCGCUGUUUUCGACAAACAACCUUGCUCCUUCAGUAUCCUACCAGUCUGGAGCAUUCGCCUUUGAUUCAGUUCCAGUAAAUCCCUACAAUAUGCAGCAGGCAUAUCCUAUCGGUUAUGUCACAGAUGUUCCCCAGAACCUUUCUUACGCACGGUCGAGCUUGGUGCACCCGAUGCCCCCUCUUCAAGAAGCACGUACCAUAUACUCCCCGGAUCAUCAUCCCGCGAAGUCCGCUACCGCUUCACCUUUGCAAUCAAGUUCUCCAUACUACGAGUCUUCCUACGGUGCGGAGCUCGAGCGCACCCGUUCUGAGCCAGCCGAAGGCACAGGCAUCAACUUUUCAACAGACGUCGACACUCUGAUGAGAGCAAUUCAGGCAAAGCAACCAGACUCGCACGAAACCCAACAAGUAAAUAAGGAGGAGGAGAACAAAUGUACCCAGAAACCAAGAAAAAGAUACCAAUGCAACAUGCCUGGCUGCAACAAGAGCUUUUAUCAAAAGACACAUCUGGAGAUACAUGUUCGGGCACAUACUGGUGCGAAACCAUUCAUCUGUAAGGCACCAUCUUGCGGUCAGAGAUUCUCUCAAUUAGGCAAUCUCAAGACACACGAGCGACGACACACAGGGGAGCGUCCAUACAGUUGUGACAUUUGUGGCAAGACCUUCGCACAGCGUGGGAAUGUACGUGCUCACAAAAUCGUUCACCAACAGAUCAAGCCUUUCACCUGCAAGCUUGAUGAUUGCGGAAAACAAUUCACUCAGCUGGGCAACUUGAAGUCGCAUCAAAACAAGUUCCACGCUGCAACAUUGAGAUAUCUCACACAAAAGUUCGCCAACAUCAAUGCAGGCGACUGCGUUACGCAGCAAGACAAGGAACUCUGGGAGUAUUUCGCCUCGCUAUACAAGAACUCGAAUAAGGGCAUCAAAGGCCGAGGCAAGGACAGGAGAAUCUCUACUCUGCCUACCUCAAGUGCGUUGCACUCAACAUACGCCUCGUUACAGAUGUCUUCCAUGGACAGGGGCUUCUCUGGAUACCACCAUCAUGGCAGCGACCGCAGUAGUCGUGGCUCAUCACUGUCCUCAGACAUUACUUGUGUCACUCAUCCUCGAUCUGACAGCAGUUACGACUAUGGUGGUCCGAUACACACAGGCUACCACCAACAGGGAAGCGGGUACGAUGAUAUGGUCUUUCCUGAACGAAAGAUGUAUUAGACUGCUCUCGCCACACACACCAACACCAGGAUAUCAUUCAACGACAGUACAAGAAGAGGGCCUCACGGCUGCAAUGUUUAAGUUUUAGGAGCACAAAGAUUACUUUGAUCAGUUUUGG